UCUGUAAAAAAACAACAAAGCCCUCUGAAGGCGUCAGUGCGUGAAAUUGCAGCUUCCCGGUUCAUGACUUAUAAAAUGCCAUUGAGCACUCUACAGCAGAGUUAGUCUGAAAACUGAACUAAAACAAGCAAGAACCAAUUGGAUAAUAAUAUAUAACACUGAAACAUAUAUCAUUAUUAAAUAAAAAAUAUAUCAAAUGGCUCAUCAACUCAGUUACCUGCUAAUCCUAGCUCUGUUUGCCUUUGCUGCAGCUCAGUACUAUACGCCCUACAAUCCCUAUAAUACGCCCAGUCCCACGUUCUCUAGUCUGAAUGGGUAUUACUAUUCGACGGCAUCGCCCUAUUAUUAUAACACAGCGAACAGCUAUUACAACGAUGUUAGCAUACGCAUUUGGCCCUAUGUUAUUGGCCAAUAUCUGUAUCCUACUUACUACAACAACAACAUCUACAAUCCCUAUGCCACGCUGAAUACGCCCAAUUGGCAGACAUACUAUGCGAGUGCGUAUCGAAGUAACUACGGGAAAAAGUAAAUAGUGUUAAUUUUAAUGAAUUAAUUCUAGUUUGUUGCUCGUUGUGAAAUUAGAAAUUUAUAUUAAAAUGUUGGUAUAUUGUUUAAUAAA